AUGCAAACUAUUAUUGUUUUAUCUGUCGUAUUGGCUGUCGCCAUCUGCGCACCAGUCGAAGAAUCCUUCGUGGACUUCGCCGAAGACACUUUGGGCAACUACAAACUUAACUACAACACAAAGAAUUCGUCCAGAACUGAAGAGAGGUCUCAGGAUGGAAAAGUGAUCGGCAGUUUCUCGUUCCUGGAUACGGAUGGCGUUAAACACGUUGUGCACUAUGUGGCUGCAGGUGAAGAAGGUUUCAAAGCCGAGGGAGCAGAUCUUCCGGUUUCUGUACCGGAACCACAGGACGUCAUUCUUACUCGCUCCGAACAUCUCGCUCUGGUCGAACACGAGAAAGCCCUGAACCCAAAAUCCGAAGUCGAAGAGAAACCCGUUCCAGUCGAAGACGUUCUGGCGCAACUGAAUUUACCAGAGAUUGCAUCUUUGCCCGCUGCUGCAGUUCCUGAAGAAGAUGAUGAUUUGGCUGCCGCCAAAAAGGAACUGUUGGCUGCUUACGCAACAGCUUUAGAAACACUGGCUGCUGAAUAUAAGAAACUUGCUUAA